AUGGAGGAACAUCUAGAUUCAAGCUCCGGCAGCAAUUUAACUCAGAAGAUGAACCUUAAAGUGAUGGAUGAUUACGGUUAUUCGCAGAAAUACAAAGGGGUGGUUCCUCAGCAAAACGGAAAUUGGGGGGCUCAGAUAUAUGCAAAUAACCAACGGAUAUGGCUAGGGACAUUCAAGUAUGAACUGGAUGCAGCUAUGGCUUAUGAUAGGGCAUCUAUCAAGCUUAGAAGUGCAGAUGCCCCAAGAAAUUUCUCUUGGACUAAGCUAACACUUCAAGAGGCAAAGUUCCAAAGUCAUUAUAGCAUGGAAACAGUUUUGGCUAUGAUCAAAGAUGGAUCAUAUCAAGCCAAGUUUGAUGAUUUUCAAAGAGAGAAAAGGGGAGAAGAGAUUGAUCAUAAUCUAUCUCCUGGAAAGGAAAGCUGUGGUUUUUCUUGUAGGGUACUCUUUCAGAAGGAACUAACACCAAGUGAUGUGGGCAAGCUUAAUAGGCUAGUUAUACCCAAGAAAUAUGCUGUUGGAUACUUCCCUCCUGUGCCCGAUGAGUCGGAAGGCUAUGCAAAUGAUGAGGUGAAUCUUUCUUUUUACGAUCCUCAGAAAAGGUUGUGGAAAUUUCGGUAUUGUUAUUGGAAGAGUAGUCAGAGUUUCGUGUUCACUAGGGGUUGGAAUCAGUUUGUAAAGGAGAAAAAAUUAAAGGCAAAGGACAAGAUAACUUUUUAUUAUCAUGAGAAUCUUGAAAUACCGAAUAUGGGGUUUUGGGUUAUUGAUCAUUUGUGUUUGUCUACGAACAAUAAUGGAGCAAGUUUGAAACUUGGUGAGGAAACAAAUGACAAUUGCUCCUUAGUGAAGGAAGGGGAAGAAAAUUUGAAGGAUGAAAAGACGAAUGCCGAAACCAUCCAAAGAAGCAGUGUAAAGACCAAAGGGUUAAAGCUGUUUGGUGUCCAAAUAAUGGAAUGA